GAGGCAUUGCAUAUCUGGGGUUUCGGCCCCUGCGUUGUUCCGGAGGAUUGAGCCUCGGAAGUCGGGCCGAGAGGGUGAAGGGAUCACGGUUGCAGGCCACUCCGCGCCACGCGGCUGGUAUGAGGCCCACAAACGUGGUUGUAGUGUGGGCGGGCUUCAUUAUAUCUUGAGAUGGAGGUGUUAAAACGUGUUGCAGACAAGUUUAACCUUCUUAACGUAAUUUAAAUGAUUUAACCUUCAUAUGUGAGGUACCCAUUGAUAGCGCCGGUUUCCUGGAGGUUAGGCGCUGCCCGGAGAGACGCGCUGGUGGUCACAGAAUUAGCUCCGGGUAAAGCGCCGCUUUCUGCCCACGUGGCCUCUAAGAAUUGCAGAAUUCCAGCGGAUGCAUCGACACCCAAGUAGGAGUGUCUUCUAAACACUAAGAAAAAAGUGAUUCUUGAGCUAGCUUUAUUUUGAUAAUCCCUACUUUAAAAAAAAAUUAGCCACAGGUAUACCAUUAAUGCAUGGGGCCAAAUUUUUGUUGAAUUCCGUUUUUGAGCAUUCGAUAUAUAAUGACUUCGUAGAAUCCUGUACUUAAGCUAAUAAGACGUACUACCAGAAAAUUACCACAGGGGUCCAUUGGGCAUUUAACAAAUCUGAGCUCUUGGUAACCUUAUCGUUUUAUAUUUUAAAUGUUUUGCUAGUUCAUCCUAGGAUUUAUAUGCAAUGACUCAUGUUAGGUCCCAAGAAGCUACAGAAUGAGACAAGAGAUUGACUAAGAAAACUGUUAUAAAACAAAGCAACUGAUGGAUAAAUCAGGAAUAGAUUCUACCGACCAUGUGACAUCUGAUGCUAUGGAACUUGCAAAUCAAAGUGAUAACUCUUCUGAUAGCAGCUUAUUUAAAACUCAGUGUAUCCCUUACUCACCUAAACGGGGGAAAAGAAACCCCAUUCGAAAAUUUGUUCGUACACCUGAAAGUGUUCACGCAAGUGAUUCAUCAAGUGACUCAUCUUUUGAACCAAUACCAUUGACUAUAAAAGCUAUUUUUGAAAGAUUCAAGAACAGGAAAAAGAAGUACAAAAAAAAGAAAAAGAAGAGGUACCAGCCAACAGGAAGACCAAGGGGAAGACCAGAAGGAAGGAGAAAUCCUAUAUCCUCACUAAUAGAUAAAAAGAAACAAUUUAGAAGCAAAGGAUCUGGCUUCCCAUUUUUAGAAUCAGAGAAUGAAAAAAACCCGCCUUGGAGAAAAAUUUUAACGUUUGAGCAAGCUGUUGCAAGAGGAUUUUUUAACUACAUUGAAAAACUGAAGUAUGAACACCACCUGAAAGAAUCAUUGAAACAAAUGGAUGUUGGUGAAGAUUUAGAAAAUGAAGAUUUUGAUAGUCGUAGAUACAAAUUUUUGGAUGAUGAUGGAUCCAUUUCUCCUAUUGAGGAGUCAGCAGCAGAGGAUGAGGAUGCAAAACAUCUUGAAGAUAAUGAAUGUGAUAUCAAAUUGGCAGGGGAUAGUUUCAUAGUAAGUUCUGAAUUCCCUGUAAGACUGAGUGUAUACUUAGAAGAAGAGGAUAGUACUGAAGAAGCUGCUUUGUCUAAAAAGAGAGCUACAAAAGCUAAAAAUACUGGACAGAGAGCCCUGAAAAUGUGACAGGAUCAUGAAUGUCAAAGGCUUUUAUCUUGAGAACAUGAUGUCUGGAGUUAAAGGUAUUGGCAAAAACCACACAUCUGUACCAUUCUUGAGUGAUCGCUUAGGAAUGAAUGUGAUUUGAACUCAUUCAUGUUGAGAGGGUGUCAAAUUGAGAACCAGGCAGAUCCCCACCACCUACAAUCAAAAGGACCCUAAAGCAAAUUGGUUGAAGAAAUUAGAUCCCAAAGAUUCUUGGUGAAUUUUGAAGUCUUCAUCAGUAUACCCCUAUUAAAAGGAGAUGACAGAAGCCAAAGUAAUUAUGGGCUGACAGGACAGCUGGAUCAGUUUCAUUAAAAAGGGCAAACUUGAAGAUCUUUUGACUCCAGCUUUUUAGGGGAUCUAAAGUGACCUUGAUGGACAGUGGAAGAAAUCACAACAUGGAAUUCCUUGAAUAAAAAUUUAUUGACUUUAAAUAAUUUUGUCUAAUGCUACAUAUACACAAUUUAAAAAAACCUCUUUACACUGUUUCUAGAAAGUCAGCAUGUAUUUCUGGCUCGAAGUUUCUCUAGUGUUUUCUGUGGAAGGAAUAAAAAUUUAGUAGUUUCAGUUGUGUACUUCAGGCUUGAAAAAUUAAGUCCUUCCCCCUCAGUUACACUCACCUUAUGGAAUUCUUUUGCCCUUGCUCUGUUUUGGGCAUAAGCCUCUUGUUUUGCUUUUUCUUCCUUUUGUUGUUUCACUUCAGCUAGUUGAUUGUAUAACCUGUAAAGAACUUACAUAGAAUUAGAGACAAACAUUGCAAAAAGUAAAUCACUAAAAAGAAAUAAAAUAAAAAUAAAAUCAACCUUACCUUAGA